ACAUGAAGGUCACACCAUCCCUCACCAUCAUCAGAGUGAGGAACUCAUUGAUAUAAAAGCCGAGGUGAAGGAGGAAGAAGAAGAGACGUAUGCGAUGGGUGAUCAGCAGAGUAUGAGGGAUGAGGUUAUGAAUCCUAAUAAAGAAGAAGAAUCUUCUCUGAAUAUUAGCACAAAUGGACAGAAUCAUUCAGAGACCAAUAAAUGUGAGAAACGUCUUAUGACAUCUCUAGGUUACACUGCAGGAGAUGGAGACAUUGCAGAAGCUCCCAGAAUAGUAAGAUUUUACUGGUUGGUAAGACCGAAGAAUCGUUCUAAUCCUGAGAAAUCGGAUAAACCCCAUACUAUGACUUCAGAUGUCCAUCUUAGAUCAACGGAUCCUUUGAAACUUGAGGAAUCUUCUGAUAAUUCCAGUACUAUGACUUCAGAUGUGCAUCUAAGAUUAGCAGAUCCUUCAAAACUUGAGGAAUCUUCUGAUACAUCCUAUACUAUGACCUCAGAUGUCCAUCCAAGAUCAAUGGAUCCUUUGAAACUUGAGGAAUCUUCUGAUAAUUCCCGUACUAUGACUUCAGAUGUCCAUCUAAGAUCAAUGGAUCCUUCGAAACUUGAGGAAUCUUCUGAUACAUCCUAUACUAUGACUUCAGAUGUCCAUCUAAGAUCAACGGUUCUUUCGAAAGUUGAGGAACCUUCUGAUAAAUCCCAUACUAUGACUUCAGAUGUCCUUCUAAGAUCAGCAGAUGCUUCAAAACUUGAGGAAUCUUCUUAUACAUCUCAUUCUAUGACUUCAGAUGUCCAUCUAAGAUCCACGGAUCCUUCUAAUCCUGAGGAAGCUUCUUAUAAAUCCCAUACUAUGACUUCAGAUGUCCAUCUAAGUUCUCACAGUGCUGAUAGAUCAACAGAUCCAUCCAAUCCCCAAAAAUCCUCUUCAGACCAUGAGGGAAUUCACACAGAAGGGAGCUCCUUGUCAUGUUUGGUGUGCAUUAAAUCAUUCACUGAGAGAAAAGAACUUCUUAAACACCAGAAAGUUCAAGAGGUUGAGCGUCCGUAUUCAUGUUCAGAGUGUGUAAAAUGUUAUUCUGAUAAAAGAAACCUUAUUAUACACCAGAGAAGUCACACCGGUGAGCGUCCCUUUUGCUGUUCAGAGUGCGGAAAAUGUUUUUCUGAUAAAGGAAACUUGCAGAAACACCAGAGAACCCAUACGGGCGAGCGUCCCUUUUCCUGUUCAGACUGCGGAAAAUGUUUUUCUGAAAGCGGAAAUCUGCUGAAACACCAGAGAACGCACACCGGCGAGCGUCCCUUUUCCUGUUCCGACUGCGGAAAAUGUUUCUCUGAGAAAGGGAACUUGCUGAAACACCACAGGAUUCACACGGGCGAGCGUCCCUUUUGCUGUUCAGAGUGUGGGAAAUGUUUUCUUUUAAAGGGACACUUUCAGAAACACCAGAAAACACAUCGGCGGGAGGGUCCCUUUUCCUGUUCAGAGUGUGGAAAACGCUUUUCUAAAAAAAAAGAAAGCUUUCGUAAACACCUGAGAACUCAUAUGGGAGAGAGCGGAAAAGGCUUUUCUGACCAGACAAAUCGUCAUAGACACAAAAAAAAGACACACUGAUGACCGUCCAUAUUUAAGUGUGGAAAAUAUUUUUCCAAGAAAAAGAGGCUUUUGAAGGGGACUGAAUGUUAGCCUCUUGGGCCCCCAGAAUUUGGAGCUACAAGCAUUUAGGAAGAUGUUCUGUUAUUUAAUGCAAAAGGACAGUAUUAAAAAAGCCAUGAUGGACUCGGCCAGCUUGGGACUCGAAGCAGAUGCUGAUGUCAUCAGCAUGCCACCUGUCUGGGGGCCCCCUGUCAUAAUGUGUUUAUU